AUGCAGCAUAGGCCGCAGCAGUCAUUGCAGAGUCCGAGGCCACAGCAAAUGACACAGGGUCAGAAACCACAACAGUCUUUGCAGAGUCAACGGGCUCGACAGUCCUUGCAGAAUCAAAGACCACAGCAGUCCUCACAUAUUCAGAAACCGCAAUCCUCACAAACACACAGACCACAGUCACUAAGUAACAGGUCCCAGCCAUCACAAGGACAAAGGCCUCUUUCUUCGAAGGGUCAAUAUUCGGAGCAAAGAAGAGUACAGGCAAAUAAUAGAGUCAAACAAGCUGAAAGGCAGAUUCGGCCUCCCUCGAAGUCCAUGCCAUCUCGGCCAGUCUCUUCCAAUGGAAUUUGUGAUGAUCAUGCAAAGAGAAAGCAAGUGGCAAAAAGAAGAUUUGAUGAAGAUGAAGAUGAGGAAGACCCCUUUGCAAUGAUCAGAAAUAUGUUCGGGUAUGAUCCUAGUAGAUAUGCAGGCAGAGAUGAGGAUGUCAGUGACAUGGAAGCUGAUUUUGCUACUAUAGAAAUGGAAGAGAAAAGAAGCGCGAGGAUUGCUAGGCGGGAGGAUGAAGAACAACUUCGCUUGAUUGAGGAAGAAGAGAGACGCGGGCAGGAGAGGAAGAGGCGAAAGAUGGCACGAGGCCGAUAG